AUGGCUCGUUUUAUUAGCGUUGAUUCUGUUCUUCAGAAUUCUUCUGAAAUCCCAUCAGGCCAGAGUCGCAACCCGCUUGCAAAUCUCCAACGUUCCCGUGGCACUGUAUCUCCUUCUACACCAAGACCCACAGAUCCUCGCCGUUUCCUGGGUCAAAACCUUCCAGUUCGUUCCUCUAAGCUAUCGGAAAAACUCGUGCUAUUACCAGAAACAGAGGAAGAAGGAGAUCGCUGGGAUUACGCUGAGGAUGAUAAUGAUGAUACACCUAUUAAAGAUGACGAGGAAGAAUGGCGGAAUAGACUUGCAGAAGAAGACGAAUCUUCCGAGCAGCGUCCGAGAAAGAGUUAUGCUGAGCGGCUACCAAAGUCCCGGAGGGCAGAAAAGUUGAGUCGUGUGACUGCUUAUUGCACAGCAGAUUCCAAUAGACUUAAGGCGACCUCAAACUUCUUAAGAGAGAAACAUUCUGCAAGGACAAAGCUCUAUGACGAGUGCUUGUAUUGCGCAUAUCAUUUACCGUUGAUGCCUGGUAGUGAUGGAUACAGGGUCCGUUCAUCACCAGUGCUCAAAAGCCCAGGGGGAAAAGCAGUGUUAGAUGUACAAAUUGAGAGGUCGGAGCAGAGGGAUUAUCGCGAAGGGUAUUUUGAAAAUGCCUAUUCAAGAACUAGGCGACCGAGUGGUGAUGGGAUGGAUGGGGAAGAGGAGGUGGAACAUGGGCAAUCAAAGUCGCCCGAAAACACACACAACUUCCUCGAUCAUAGAGACUCUAGGGAUGAGGAGACAUACAGACCAGAGAGCCCACGAGAAUCGCAGAUGGAUAUGAAGUCUUUUGCGGAAAUGUUCGUGUUUAGUUAUGGAGUUGUGGUAUUUUGGAAUUUGACAGAGAGGCAGGAGAAGGAUAUUUUAGCCGAUCUUACUUUCGCGGGAAAUGAUCUCGGUACACCUUUAAUAAUGGGUCCAAUGAAAGAAGAAGAUUUUGAAACAGAAGAGUUUCAUUUUCAGUACUCGUCUCGCACUAGAUCUCCACGCAUAUACAACGAUAUGAUCACCCUGAGGUCAGGGGACAUAAUGAUCAAGCUUGCUAUCUCGCAUGCGAUAGCACAAUCUACGAAACUUUGUCGAUUCGAGGAGAGAAUGAACUCAACCAUGCUUGGAGUUCAGCAUAUACCAAAGAAACUCGCACUUACAGGCAACCUUGGUAUGAAGAGGGAAGAAGUCGUUAAGAUGAGUGGACGACUUUUUAAGCUAAGGGUAGAUGUCAAUUUAUCUAGCAAUGUUCUUGACGUGCCCGAAUUUUUCUGGGACUCGGAGCCAACACUUCAUCCAUUGUACGCAGCUGUUCGCGAGUACCUUGAGAUAAAACAGCGUAUUUUGGUCUUGAACGAAAGAUGCAGGGUUUUCCUGGACCUCGCAGAUAUCCUUUCGGACUCAAUUGCGGACAGCAAUAUGUCACGGAUCACCUGGAUAAUUAUCAUCCUGAUUGUGCUGUCAAUAUUUGUGACCGUAGCAGAGGUAGCGAUUAGAUUCGGGAUUUUGAAAAAAAAAGGCACAACGGGUGCUGGGACCUUAGCUGAGCUAUAA